GGACUCUUGAUUCUCUUGGAGGUGGUUGCUCUCCUCAGCUGUUUCCAGCCAUGGUUGACCCUGCUGUCCAAGUGCCCUGCUGUUGCUUGGUUCCUUCAGAUGCUGCUGGCCUCAUCAUUGGCCGCGGAGGCGCCACUGUGCGGCAGAUCUGCGAGGAAUCCAAGGCACAGGUGAACGUGUCAGGAGACCGGGACACCCCCAAAGCUUUGAGCGACCGCAUCGUCACCAUCCAAGGCACCCACGAACAGAUGGAGACAGCGCUUCGAGAGGUGAUUCGCCUCGUGCAUCGCUCCCAAGAGCUGGAUGGAGCAGAAGAGGGCAUUUUCGUGACAGUGGUGCCUUGCGGCGCUGUGGAGCACGUGGUGGGGCCCGGAGGCGAACACAUCCGGGAACUGGUGGAGACCAUCGGUGCGGAGGUGAACAUCAGUCGUCACAACAUUGCUGGCACUGAACUCCAACCUGUGAGUGUGGCAGGCACUCCCUCUCAGAUGCUGCAAGCCACCAUGAAGGUCUUGUCCUUGGUCCAGGAAUUGGCUGAUCAAGGAGGUCUCACCAUUGACUCCUACUCCUGGCCACGGCGCUUGCCGGCGAGUGCUACACCAUCACAGGCUGUGAGCAGGACGGUCAGAGGGUGGAAUGAGUGGUCAGAAGACCGCCUUCAAAUGAGCAAACUGACAGACUGCACAAGGUAAAGUGAUAGACUACACAAGACAGCCUCGUUUUGGCUGUUCAAGUCCACUUCACGAUACACAAAAGAGCCCCAUUUUGGAUGUUUUUGUUUUCCAGAGGUUUUAGGUGUUCGACCAAAUUCAC